GUCAAGGCAGAGAGAGAGAGUGUGUGUGUUUGCAAAAGGGGGUAAAGUAGUUUGCUGGCUCUUUAAGACCGAGGUGGAGAGAGAGAGAGAGAGGGAGAGAGAGAGGGCGGCAGGCAGAGAAAAGGGAAAAAGGAGGAAGAAGUUUUUUAAAUCCGAGGCUCCGGCGGUAAUAAUAGCAGUUAUUAGCAUUAUUAAUCCAUCAGCGAAGAGGAAGAUUCUGAUCUCGAUCCAAGUGUGGUUUUGGGGAGUCCCCCUCCCCCCUUUCAUACCCCUCCCUAGGAAAAAAAAAAAAAAAAAAAAGUCCGGCUUGGGACUUCGCCGCCGCCGCUCCGCUUCUCCGCUCCGGGCUGGUUCCAGGCUAAAGUAGUUUGAAUGUACAACAUGAUGGAAACCGAGCUGAAACCUCCCGCCCCCCAGCAAACUUCGGGGGGAGGCACAGGCAACUCCAACUCGGCCGCGAACAACCAGAAGAACAGCCCGGACCGGGUCAAGCGCCCCAUGAACGCCUUCAUGGUGUGGUCCCGCGGGCAGCGGCGGAAAAUGGCCCAGGAGAACCCGAAGAUGCACAACUCGGAGAUCAGCAAACGGCUCGGGGCCGAGUGGAAACUUUUAUCCGAGGCGGAGAAGAGACCCUUCAUUGACGAAGCCAAACGGCUCCGAGCUCUGCACAUGAAGGAGCACCCGGAUUAUAAAUACCGACCCCGGAGGAAAACCAAGACCCUGAUGAAGAAGGAUAAGUACACGUUGCCAGGGGGCUUACUGGCGCCGGGCACCAAUACCAUGACGACCGGGGUAGGGGUUGGGGCCACCUUGGGAGCUGGGGUGAACCAGAGGAUGGACAGUUACGCGCACAUGAACGGCUGGACCAACGGAGGCUAUGGGAUGAUGCAAGAGCAGCUCGGCUACCCGCAGCACCCGGGCUUGAACGCGCACAACGCGGCGCAGAUGCAGCCCAUGCACCGCUACGACGUGAGCGCCCUGCAGUACAACUCCAUGACCAGCUCGCAGACGUACAUGAACGGAUCGCCUACCUACAGCAUGUCGUACUCCCAGCAAGGGACCCCGGGCAUGGCCCUGGGCUCCAUGGGCUCGGUGGUCAAGACGGAAUCCAGCUCCAGUCCCCCCGUAGUCACCUCCUCGUCUCAUUCGAGGGCUCCUUGCCAAGCCGGGGACCUUCGGGACAUGAUCAGCAUGUAUCUACCAGGUGCUGAAGUACCAGAACCAGCUGCCCCAAGCAGACUUCAUAUGUCCCAACACUACCAGAGUGCACCUGUUCCUGGCACAGCCAUUAAUGGCACACUCCCUCUAUCACAUAUGUAAGACAAAGGGGCCGGGGGGGGCGGGGGUGGGGGGGGGAAGGAGAACUAAACAAAACAAAACAAACAACAACAACAAAAAACUUUUAUUAGAAAUUCUGGACCUUUUUUUUUUUCUUUUUUUUCUUUUUUUUUUUUGGACUAUUUUUGUACAGAGAAAACGGGGCGGGGGGGGGGAGGGGAGGGGGGCGGGGGGGCAGAAAUAAAGCCGACAAAGGAACCUGUAUAGAUCUCGGAGGGGAAGCGACUACACAAAACUUUUUAAAAGUUCUAGUGAGAACGGUGGGAACUUUGCAGGAAGUUUGCAAAAGUCUUUACCGGUAAUAUUUAGAGCUAGACUCAAAGAGCGGAGAGGAGAACGUUUUAAUAUUUGCAGGCAACUUUUGUACAGUAUUUAUCAAACUCAACAUGGCAAUCAGAAUGUCCAUCGGUCAUAGGGAGAGGGGACAAAUCAAACCCGAGAAUUCGCGAGUGGUUUUUUACACACAGACUCUCCGUGGAGCACCGUGGCCGUGGCAGCUCCGCUGACGGCAGCUGCGGGAGGAGAGGGAAUUAUUUUGCAGCAUUUGGACGUUGAAAUUGUUUUAGAAAUUGUACAAAAGGCAAAAGCGGUAGGAAGAAGACUGGCGAACCGUGGGCUUGGUUUGCUGGGCGAGGGCAAACGCUUCGAUGUACGACGUUUUUAUUUUAUUUUAUUUUAUUUUACUUUAUUUUAUUUUAUUUUAUUUUUUACUUCUUGUUAAAAAGCAAAAAAAAAUGCCAUGAAGGUUCACACGCCGUUUGUUAAUUUAUAAUAACUUUUUUGUUUCCAGACUUCAUCCCGUUCAGAGAAAAGGAAAAAAAAAAAACAAAAACAAAAACAAAAAAACCCCAACCUGAAAUUACUGUGUUUGAAAGAUUUUCCUCUGGUUUGUAAUAUUUCUGUACAUUUAUUGUGAUGAUAUUUUAAGUUCUUUUUUUUUUUUUUCCUCAUUUUCCGUAGUUGUAUUUUAAAGAUUCGGCUCUGUAUUAUUUGCAAUCAGUCUGCCGACAGUCCAUGUAUAUAUUUGAACUAAUACCAUCCUUAUAACAGGUACAUAUUCAAGUUAAGUUUUUACUCCAUUAUGCACAGUUUGAGAUAAAUAAAUUUUUGACAUAUGGACACUGAA